AUGUCCCGAAGCCGACUUUUACGGUCUCAGUCAACUGACGACCUCUUCAAUCGCACUCUCAACUCUUAUUCCUCUUUAGCUUGCGACAACAUCUAUCGCGCAACCUCAUUUGAACAUUCAAGCCCGCCCCCCUAUGAACAGGGGUUUGAAUCACGAUAUGAUAAGCUUUUUUCACAAUAUUCUGCAACCAAUGAGACGGAUACCAGCAGUUACCAGCGUCAUCCUAUGAAGGAGCGCCGUGUGACCUGGGCUCCUAUCCCAGAGUCUACUCCUCCCCGUGCUAGGCACCCCAACGCCUUGGAAAGGACCAUGAGGUCCCAUAAUCACGCGUAUCGAAACUCGGAUUUCAAUCAGUCGUGUCCAAUUCAUGGCUAUGAUGGACAGAAAUUUAUCACGAGUGAAAGCCCAAACAGAUAUGACUGGUAUACUAGGUCUUAUGACUCACGGCCCAAUACCUCAAGCCUCUACGAAAUACGUCCAUCAACCAGGGAUAUUCCUUCCAGAUACGAUUCUACCCGGUACGGGGCGACGGAACCCAGGAUGUCAAGAGACUAUCUUCGAUCCGCUAAUGUACCUUGCAUGAUACCUCAUAGGUACUUAAGCUUGAGCAAUAUCAGGAGCCCUUUCUUAGAUAUGGGUUAUGCUCCUUCCAUUGCGCCAAGGUAUCAUUACCCUGUCAACUCUGCACUGAUUCCACAAUCUACCUUACAAAGACCAAAAUGGCGUAGAUCGAUCAUCGGCCUGAACCGAUGGAGUAUGUACCAUUGA